AAACACUAAACAGCCACAGUUGGAUUUAGGCGGCUGUUUUACAAUGUGUAAUUCAACGUGUAUAAUUACUCAUCGAGUACAAAUCACGUCCGAAUCAUAUACGUUCAAAGCGUUUAGCUCGUUAGCUGAUAAACAGAAAUGCGUGCGUGCAGGUUGAGCAGCGGACUGCAGCGGAAGUCGAGGCAAAUACUAAUCUCACUGUUGUUGGUAGUAACUUUUCUGUGACGUAGUCAUUAUUAUAAUUGAAUUGUUUGGCAUUACAACGGCUAAAAUACACAUAAUGUGCGGUUUUUUUGUCCCCUGCUUACGAACACAACCGAGCUUUGACAAUUGAAUCUGGAACAGUCGUCGUCAAAGCGAACCAGGAUGCGCAAGUGGGUGUCGCUCUCGUUUCAGCAACGCUUUCGCUUCUGAUGAACUCGCAGCACCAGUGUCGUGAACGUCUAAGCUCUGUGGUUUGGUGUGAAAUUGGACGUUAUAAUGUCGUUCACGCAAACAUCGAGGGUGACUUAUGGGAAGAGUAACAAGUGAAGGAAGUCGCGUCCAUCAUGGGAAACUCACCGUCGAAGAGUGGCAGUAUGGAGGAACUUGCCAAAACCACUCUGUUCGAACAGGAGCUCAGUGGGAUCACGUACAGGAUUCCUGCUCUCAUCUAUCUGAGGCACUGUCACACCUUCCUCGCCUUCGCUGAGAAAAGGACCUCACCCAGGGAUCAUGAUGCCAAACUCUUUGUUAUGAGAAGAGGGACACUGAGGGAAGAUGGAUCUGUGCAGUGGUCGCCCAGUGAGGACGUGUCGUCGGCGUGCCUGCCCAACCACCGCACCAUGAAUCCUUGUCCCGUUUAUGAGAAAAACAGCAAAACGUUGUUCUUGUUUUUCAUCUGCGUGUGGGGAAGAACCACAGAGAUGAUGCAGCGCAUCACAGGUAAGAACAAGACGCGCCUCUGCUGCGUCAGCAGCACGGACGACGGGCAGACUUGGAGUCAAGCGAAAGACUUAACGGCGAGUGUCAUCGGUGAAACCAUCCACAAGUGGGCCACGUUCGCCGUGGGCCCUGGCCACGGUGUCCAGCUGGAGAACGGCAGGUUGAUCAUCCCAGCGUACGCCUACUACAUCCGCUACAGAUGCUGUUCCUUUCCCAUUCCCUACACGGUCUACCCGUAUGCACUGUCUAUUUAUAGCGAGGACUUUGGACAGACAUGGCACAUAGGGAAGAUGCUGAAAAAGAAGUCGUGUGAAUGUGAAAUGGCAGAGAUCAUUGACCACGAGGGCAGAAGUCAUCUUUAUUGUAACGCACGCAACUCUGGCCACAGACGCGAGGCCCUGAGCGAGAACAGCGGCGUGUAUUUCGACAAGCCCCACGUGCCUCUGGAGCUCACCGAACCCUGUUCAGGCUGCCAGGGCAGCGUCAUUGGCUUUCCUGCUCCUGAAUUUGUCCCCAACGAUGACACCGAAAGCAAAGCUUGUGGCACGUCUCUCUUGUCCCCAGACACACAGACCUGGCUCCUCUUCAUGCACCCGACCAGCAAGCGCAGUCGGACGCGCAUGGGUGUGUACUUGAACCGAUCGCCCCUGCACUCGUCAGGUUGGGACAGACCCAGGAUCAUCCACGGCGGGCCGAGCGGCUACUCCGACCUCGCGUACAACGCCGACAAGGACCAGUUUUCGUGCCUGAUGGAGUGUGGGAAGGAGAGUGAACUUGAGCAGAUCGCCUUCAUGUCGUUUACCCUCAACGAUGUCAUGCAGAUGGGUGGUAAGAAAGAGAAUAAGCUGCGUUGAAUUGUGGUUGUUUUAUCUGUGUGUUAACAGAGCUCUCCCUCAUGCAACCCUACUAAAUAUGCCGUGCAGUAACAUUUGUCUGUCUUUACUGUUGUUCUACAUUCUGGAGAUGAUGAUGCAUGAGUUUUGUUGUCGCCCUGUCAACAUGAAAAUGAACCUAAAAUCCUGAUAGUAUUAAUAUGCAAGCAGCUACACAAGGACGGAUGGAGGGCGGGUGGAGGGUUUUAAGCAUGCUGUGCUGGGCUGUCAUUUUGCAAACAAGCGAUGUGUGUAGCAUGUUUGUUGAGCACUUCAUUCCUAUUCCUGCAUCUUAUUUAACCGUCAGUGUUGCUGAGCAGUGGCGAGGGUCCGCCUACCUCCUUCUUAUUUUCCACAUGGAGAUCAUCACAGGCCUUGUAGAGUAGAGUGAGAUCGUUCUCCAUGCUCAGGCUCUCCUUUACAUCCAGUAGACUCUGAUUCACAUUUGCCUUCAACUCAACUGUUUAAACUUAAACUUAAAGCCAUGCCACAGCCUUUUCUAGAGCGCGACGGAAACAUUUACUUUUACUUGCCACAUCCAGUCGGCGAAGGGUGAGAGAAACUCUGUUGGAUUGAUGGAGAAAAUGUCAAGAGCGUUCUUUUUUAUAUUUCACUUUUUUUAUUAUUUUCCAAUAGCAAUAUCUCACUUUGUUGAUUAUUUAUUUCUGCUUUUCCAGCGUAGAACAGGAACAGGAAACAGUUUUUUUUUUAAAUGUAUCAUUCAUAAGGUGCAGGUGUAGUUGGCUGGCUGUUGAUCAUGUGCUAGUCAUGAAGCCACUCGGACUUUGCACACACAAAAACCUCAUACUGAGCAAAUGUAACAUCCCUCCUUGGCCAAUACUGUGAGGUAACUCUGCUCUAGUUCCAUUGUGUUUGUGUUGACUGUUGUGUAAAGUGACGAAAUCUGCAUGAAACAUGUAUUUUAGUAGAAAAUAAAACUAACCUGUGACCAUCUGA